AUGACGAGCCUAGUAGCAAAGUACAUCAGCAAGAAAGUCUUGGGGGAGACUCUCCAGAACAACUUCGGGAAAGAUGAUCCCUAUUUCGAGACCGUUCCUGCAACCCGAUUAGAUGGCCGGCCAUCGAACAAGACGAAGAAGCGGCGUAAGGCUCUGCCACCGGGCAUCUCGGAACACGAUGGAAAGGUGCUCACGAAGGUCAAACGCAGGGCUUACCGCCUAGAUAUGAGCCUUUUUAGUUGUUGUGGCAUUCGCAUGGGAUGGAGCAGUCUUAUUGCAAUUGUUCCUGUGAUUGGCGAUGGUCUUGACGCAUUCAUGGCUAUGAUGGUUCUCCGAUCAUGCCAGAAAGUGGAAGGAGGACUUCCCAAAGACGUACAGGCUAAGAUGAUGUUCAAUAUCAUUCUCGACUUCGCAGUAGGGUUGAUUCCUUUUUUGGGCGAUGUGGCCGAUGCUUUAUUUAGAGCAAACACUAGGAAUGCUGUGAUUCUCGAGAAGCAUCUCCGUGAGAAGGGUGCCAAGGCUCUCAAACAACAAGGCCAAAGGACACCCUCACGCGAUGCUACAGACCCCGAUGAAUUCGAUCGCCAAUUGAGGGAGGAACUCGGCCCACCACCCCAAUACACUUCAGGAGGCACAUCGGGACGAGACAACGUGCACGGCAGAUCUGCGGAUACUCAGCAGGCAAGAGUUCCGGAACAGAAGAAGAGCGGAUGGUUCAGUGGAUUCGGAAGCAAAAGGAAGCAACCAGACGUCGAACAAGGACACGAGGGCCAUGAAAUGGACAGCCGCGAAGCCGCCCCUCUGCCAAACACACCUCAUGAUGGAUCUCGCCGAGAUAAAUCUGCCAUUCAAAACAGCAGACGUUAG